UCACCAUAACCUCACAGCCUCACCUACCUGUGCAGCACCCCCAGAAAGCUCUGUUGGUUUUCUCUGCUCUUGCAAGAGGCCCCUGAUGAAACCAGCACCUUUAGCAGGGAUUUUUGUCACCAUGGUCUCAGUGUGUAAUUAACACACUGGUAUCCCUUGAAGGACCAACACUUGCUGGAUUUGUGGCUGUAAUGUAAUGGAGCAAUGCCACAUGCAUGAAAGCAACAUGUAAUUCUCUGGGAUCAGAAGGUAAAGAAUAGUGAUAAAGAAGGAAGAACAGGAGUAUGAACAUUUUCUUCUUGGGGAGGUACCAGCAGAACAAGAUAAAUGGAUCUGCCCUCUCUUUACGUAGCAGUUUUUCAGAGACAAGCUCACCGUCUAAGUCAGAAGGGAAAUGUUAACAGUGAGUGUAGUGCUUGUAUGUUUGGCAGCCUCUCUGCUGCUCAUGCAGUUCCUGGGAAUGCAACGGAGGCGAAGACAGCUUCCUCCUGGACCAGCUCCACUCCCCCUCUUUGGGAAUCUGCUGCAGAUGAAGUUCCAAAUUCACCACGACAUCCUUAAAAAGAUGGCCGGCACGUAUGGCAGUAUUUUCACCUUAUGGCUUACGAGCAUACCUGUAGUUGUUCUACAAGGGUACCAGGCAGUGAAGGAGGGGAUGACUGCCCAUGCUGAAGAGGUUGCUGGAAGACCUUUAAGCAGAGCCUUCAGGUUUUUGACCAAUGGAAAUGGUGUUAUGUUCUCUAAUGGUCAUCUGUGGAAGCAACAGCGGCGCUUUGGGCUCCUAACAAUGAGGAAAUUAGGAGUAGGGAAACAAAGCCAGGAGUGUCAAAUCCAGGAGGAAGCCCGUCACCUGGUUCAAUUCCUGCGGAACACCAAAGGAAAACCUGUGGACCCCACUGUGCCUGUUACUCAUGCUGUCUCCAAUGUAAUUUGUGCUCUGAUUUUGGGACACCGCUUCUCCAUAGAAGAUAAAAAAUUUCUCCGCUUGGUUGAAGCUGUGGAUGAUAUAUCAGCAUUUACAAACAGCAUCUCAUUUUAUGUCCACGAUCGACUUCCCUGGAUUGCAAGCCGUUUUCUAACACGGUGUAAGAAGGCUUUGGCCAGUAUAUGUACUAUGAGGGCUCUGUUACAAGAGGAAAUUGAAAGCCACAAAGGAAAAGGAAAAAUAGGUGGAAAUCAAGAUUUUAUUGAUUACUAUUUGGAUCAGAUGGCUAAAUCUAAAGAAGAUGCUGGUGCUACAUAUGACAAAGUCAAUUUGACACAGACUGUUUUUGACCUUUUUCUGGCUGGCACAGAAACGACAGCCACCACUUUGCGUUGGGCAUUGCUUUACAUGGUGGCUUAUCCUGAUGUUCAAGAGAAAGUCCAUAAGGAGCUGGAUGCUGUCGUGGGCAGUUCCCGUUUAAUUUGCUACACAGACAGAAAAAACUUGCCAUACACAAAUGCUGUAAUUCAUGAAAUCCAACGAUACAGUAAUAUUGUCUUAAUUGCACUUCCCAGAUAUACUGUGAAGGACACGGAGCUGCUGGGAUUUCCUAUUCCAAAGGACACCAUCGUUCUGGUAAAUAUUGACUCUGUUCUGUCUGAUCCUGAAAAAUGGGAAACACCUGAUCAGUUCAACCCGGGACACUUCCUUGAUAAAGAUGGAAACUUCAUACACAGAGAAGCAUUCUUACCAUUCUCGAUAGGGCACCGUGCAUGCAUGGGGGAACUGCUGGCAAGGCUGGAGCUUUUCAUCAUCUUCUGCACCCUGAUGCAGGCGUUCACCUUCACCCUGCCAGAUGGAGCGAAAGAAAUCAACACCAAGUUUGUUUUUUCAACUACAAUGAAGCCACCUCCCCACCAGCUCUGUGCCAUUCCUCGGUAGGAAACGAUGUCAUACAGAUUCAGGGAAGACCUAGCUCUCCGUGAUUCUGCAUGAGGAUUCCACUUACUAUGUCUUAAGAUUUUUGCCUUCCUCUUGAUUUGGUCAAUUAUUACACUGAAAAAUGCUUUUUGGACUGUUGCAUCCUGUAAAGACAGUACUUUGUUCUUGUUAUCAACACUUGGUA